UUCAUCAUCGUCAUCAGAGAAGCAGCUAUCUAAACAUAGAAAUGGAUCUUUUGUCUGGCAGAAUCAUCAAAAUUCUGCUUUCAGUUUCUCUCUUGUCUCUUCUUUUCUCAUCGCUUCCUCUGCUGUUCCAAUCUCUCAACCAAUUCUCAAUCAACAAGUCCUACGUCUUCCUCUUCUGCAAUGGCCUCAUGGUCUUCAUAGCUAGGAACUCUUCUCUCCCUGAUGAUUCCUCUUCAGCUCAAUUCAAGGAUUUGGGUAUUGUAGUACCAGUUACUUCCCAAGAACACGAUGUGUUAGCUGAUUCCCCUGAGCAGGAAAAAGAAGAAGAAGAAGAAGAGAGAAUGAUAGGGGCAGAUUCUCAGGAAGAAGACGCAGUAGCUGACGCAGAGAAGGAGGAAGAAGAAGAACAAGAAGAAGAAAAGAGAGUGAUAAUGGUAGAUUCUCAGGAAGAAGACGCAGUAGCUGACACAGAGGAGGAGGAGGAAGAAGAAAAGAGAGUGAUAAUGGAAGAUUCUCAGGAAGAAGACCAAGUUACUGACACUGCAGAGAAAGAAUUGGUUGAUGAAACAGAUAUAGAACAUGAAGUUGCUGAGACAGAGAAGGAAGAAGAAGAAGGAAGGAAUGGCGUUUGGAUGACAGAGGAAGAAGAGGAUGAUGAGGUAGAGGAAUUGAACAAGAAAUGUGAGGAUUUUAUCAGACAGAUGAAAGCAGCAUUCUGUUCGGAGCUAGGUCUCACCAGUUAUGGUUAUAACCCUGAUGUUGAUCAUCAGACAGCCAUCGUAACUAUGAGGUGAAAAGGUUUCAAGCCUCAGUAUACAAACACCUGAAA